AUGAAAGGGGAUGCAGGCUGGCGAGCCCCCGGGCUACAGAUUUCCCAGCGGCAGCCUUUUCUGAACUCCUGGAGCGCGCCUCGCACCGCCCCCUCUUCAGAUGAGUUACCUUUCAUUCCCCGUCUCAGGACGAAGGUGAAUGCUCAGUUAGUUUAUCUAUUAAAUGUCCGCGCUGGCUCCAAGCUCUCGGACCGCGCGGAGAGCAGCGCUCCGACUCUCUUCGGCCUGCCGCGGAGACCCCAAUGCCGGGAAAGUUUGGCCCGCGGACCCGAGGAGCCCCGCACCUCGGGGCAGGCCCCAGUCUCCGCCGCAGUAGCUCUCCUGGAGUGCUGGUCCCGGCCACAGGGCCAGCUCCCGUGGAAGCCUCCCGCCGGCUCCCUCCGGGGUUCUGUCCCGGGCCUCAGCCCCACCCCCACCCCCCCACCCCCUCCAAGGGCUUCACUUGCCAGCCCUCGUCAUCCCGCGUCCCCUCGGUCGCCCCCGUACGCUCCCCCACCCCACCCCACCCCACCCCCCGCAGUGGCCCAAGCGUCGUGCUCGCUCCGUGAUCGCCCAGCGUUACAGCAGGCUCGGCCGCCCGCCCGCCCGCCCGCCCGCCCGCGCGCCACUGUGCUCUGGAGUUUGGUGGAAUCUCUGCUGACGUCACGUCACUCCGCACACGGAGUCGGAGCGGAGGGAAGAGAGAGGGAUGAGAGCGAGGGAGGGGAGAGAGCGCGCGAGACCCGCAGAGAAAGCCGGAGAGCAGCCGACGGAGACGGCCGCCGGCGCCCGCUAGCUCUCGCGGCUCCCCGCGGAGACCCUCUCGGAACUUGGCACCCUGAGGAUCCCCGAGGUCCCCCUCCACCUCCCCAGGGCCCGCUCCCCGGAGCCGGCUGUGCGGCCCGAGCCCUCCGCCGCCUGGCAGUCACCCUGGGAAGCGGCGGGACGCGGAGACAGCCGCUCGCUCCGGUAGCCGAAUCGCUAAAUCUGGAGCCGCCAAACUGCUACUUCUGGGCCCACGGGCCCACGAGGAUCCGCAGAGUCCCCACCGGGUGCUCACUAGUUGGUGGGGGAACCGCGUACGGGCCCCCCAAUCUCGGAUUCCCCAGGCGUCCACACCGGGAGGCCCCUCCUCCAGGCAGCGCGUCCUUGGCUAGAAUGCCCCUGGAGCUUGGGUAG